AAUGCAUUGUGAACAUAAUUCGAUAAUUUGAGUUUCCUUCCAUGUUAUUUUUGAAUUUCCGCUGUUUAGUCCCGAGCUUUAGGCGGCGGUGACACUGGUAGUGAUCCCCGAUAAUCGUUCGAUUAAUCGAUUAAUCGAAUACUUCCUACAGAAAUCGAUUAUUAAUCGAACGAAUACUGCGCAACCAAUAAUCGAAGCGAACGAAUAAUUUGCGUCGAUUAAUCGAUCCAAACCCAGAAGAAAAAAAAAUACGACCGCUGCUGUUUUAUUUUUUUAUAAGUUAUUUUGAUUAUAUUUGAUUUACCAUGUAGUGGCUCACCCCACUUCGUAAACACCUUGAUCUGCAUGUCUUGUCAGUGGGCUUUGUCAUUAGUCAUUUUGUUUCAACAGUGCUAGGGUUCAGACUGUAAUCGCGACUUAUGGCGCAAAAAGCGAAUUGGAAGCGAAAGUGAAAGAAAUAUUUUUGCGGAGAAAAUUUAACAAAUACUGCAGGUUCAUAUAUCCAGGGAGAUUGAAAUCCUGUUCCAGAGAAAAAAGGACAGCGUUGCCUUUUCUUCACGGCCAUUUUGAGCGCGUUUUUUCAGAUUGAAUAUCGAUUGGAACCGAAGAAGCCUAAUUGGGAAAAAUUCGCGAUGUCAGAAACAACUUCGACAAAAAAUCAAGAAAAAUCCAAAAUCAGUCCGGCUUGGGAGUUCUUUAAAAAAAUUGAGGGGAACAAAGUACAAUGUAAAUUAUGUUUGCAUAUUCUAAGUUUUUGCCGCAACACGAGCAACAUGCUCAAUCAUUUGACAUUCAAGCAUAAAAAUUUGGCCUUCUCCACUGUUAAUGAAAGACCGGCCCCGGUUCUAAAUCAGGGACGAAAAAGAACAGCAUCACAAGAAUCUAGAAUUGAUACUACUCCCAAAAUGGGUCCACGGCAACAAACUAUUACAUCGGCUUUCGAUCGUCCUUUUUCAUACGGAGCUGGCGGUACCAAAGGAAAAGAAAUAACAACUUGUGUCAUGUACAUGGUGUGUACGGAUAACAUGCCUCUUUGUACAGUAGACAAGAAAGGAUUUCGUCAACUAAUGAAAACUGUAUGCCCACUAUAUAAAGUGCCGCACGAGACACAGUUUCGCGAGAUCCUGAAAAAUAAAUUUAUAAAAAGCAAAGAAAUUGUCAGAAACCGCCUCCGAUCGAUCACAAGCAUCUGUCUAACGACAGAUGUUUGGACCGAAAUGUUAAACGUCAGAAGCUACUUGGGGAUCACAGGGCAUUUUAUUCAUGAUUCUCAACUACACUCCGUUUUGCUAGGAGUUGUUGAAUGCAAACAAUCGAAAACAUCAGAAUACAUUGCGAAUCUGUUGCGGGUUUGCUGCAACGAUUGGGGUAUUAAAAACGAAACAAUUUCUUGUGUAACGACCGAUCUCGGUGCAAACAUACUAGGGGCAGUAAGAAUGGAGUACGGUGAACGACGCCAUGUACCGUGCUUCGCCCACACAAUCAACUUGAUCGCAAGCAAAGCAGUCCCCUUGUACAAAGAAGCAUACGCAGCUCGGAUGGAGCCGGUCAUAGAAGAGGAUAACGACGAUGAGCUGGAUGGUGUUGAGGAUCAUUGUACGAUAGAGGUUUCCAUUACACCAGAGAAAAAUAUGAUAUAUAUAAUCAAGAAGAUGAAAACAAUAAUCAAGUUCUUCAAAGCAAGUGAAACAGCCACCAGAGAACUGAGAAAACUGCAGUUGGCCGAUAAUAAAAAGGAAGGACAAUGUCUAGGACUAGUGUUGGAUGUCCGAACACGAUGGAAUUCGAUUAUGGCAAUGAUAGAAAGAUUCCUUGUAAUGGCACACUAUAUUUCAAGGGUACUGCUCGUUGUUCCUAAAACACCAACUAUGUUAACAGCAGAUGAGUUGUCAAUUUUGAAGGAAAUCUGCAAAGUUCUCCACCCAUUGGAAACAGUAACUACCGAAAUGUCAGCUGAAAAGUACGUGACGAUCAGUAAAAUUAUCCCAUUGGUUCGGUUGCUAAAAAUCAGCUAUACAAGUAUGCAGCUUGAUUCUGCUGAAGCUAUGUCUGUAAAAAACAGCAUUAUGCUGCAUAUCAUGAAAUAUUUCAAUGAUGUAGGAAAAAGAAAACUUUUCGCGGUCGCAACGCUUCUUGAUCCCCGAUUCAAGAAAAUACAUUUUGAAAGUCCUCUCACGGUGGCCCCCGCUAUUUCAUGGGUUGGGGAACUUGUCAGAACAGCUGCGGAAGAGUCACCUGAAUUCGAAUACGAUCUUCGGAUAUCAGGAGAGCCAGAAACAAACACCACUACCGACGACUUGUGGGCGAUUCAUGAUUCCAUGGUAGCUGAAAGCAAUCGCGUGCAUGGAGAUGACAGCGCCGGAGGAAUUCCCAUUGAACUGAGGCAGUAUUUAAAUACUACAGUCGCUCCGAGGACCUGUGACCCACUUAUAGUGUGGAAUGAAAUACGAGCACAGUAUCCAAACGUGCAUAAAAUAGCUAUGCAAUUUUUAUGUAAUUCAGCGACGUCUGUUCCUUCGGAACGUUUGUUCUCGAAAGCAGGGCAGAUAAUGACUAAGCAAAGAAACCGCUUGUCCGGUUCUAACUUAGACAUGAUAUUAUUCCUACAAUCGAUCGAUGAAAAUGUUUGGUUUUCGUAAAGGUGCGAGAUAGCUGAAAAAUUGCGAUAUUACGUUGCAUCGUUUUAGUGUCUACUGCACAGAGAAAGACACCAAAACGAUUCAACGUAAAAUCGAAAUUUUUCACCGCUUUCGCAGCUUUUUGCGGAACUGUGCGAUAAAUGUAUACAGGAAAUCCUGUUUUUGAGCGAUCCUUUUUUGUACGAUUUCUCGUUUGUACGACCCUUUUUGCGCGAUUUUAUUAUCUGAGCGAAUAGAUUGUGUGAUCUAAGUUCUGAUUUGAUAAUAAAAUGGCACAGAAAGGGUCGCACAAACGAGAAAUCGAACAAAAAAGUACCGCACAAAAACAGGUUUACCUGUAUAGUAAGUAUUAAGAAAUGUAUAUAAUAUGUAUAAGAAAAUGUAUAUAAUAUGUAUAAGAAAAUGUAUAUAAUUUGUAUAAGAAAAUGUAUAUAAUUUGUAUAAGAAAAUGUAUAUAAUUCGUAUGUAUUAAAACAUGUUGAAUAUGUAAUAAGAAAUUUAGAAUUUAGUUAGGAAUGUAUA